CAUUAACCCAAGCCCAUCCGUUUAUUUCCCAAGAGAAUGAGGGCUGAGGGUUGAUACUUCUGAGUGAGAGACACUGAGGCUGAGCACCACCACAAGCAACUAGCGGCGACCGGCGACCGGCGACGGAGAUUCCAUUCUCUCAUUAUUAAAGAAAUGGUGAUUCCUCCACCAGUUAGACCAGACAGAGUGCUGAAGUAUCUCAAACCUUACGUGCUGAGGAUGCAUUUCACAAACAAGUAUGUAAAUGCUCAAGUAGUUCACACGCCAACAGCAACAGUGGCUGCUUCUGCAAGCUCACAAGAGAAAGGCUUAAGGCUUGCCAUGGUAGAAUCAAAAGAAAAUACUAGAGACGUUGCUGCUGCAGCAAAAAUAGGUAAGUUGUUGGGAGAGCGGUUGCAGGCUAAAGGAGUUCCUGCUGUAUCUGUUUUCUUUAAGAAAGAACAAAGAUACCAUGGAAAGGUCAAAGCAGUUAUCGAUUCAGUCCGAGAAGCAGGCAUAGAACUGGUUUGAUUGGAUUCCCUUUUAUUAGUCUGCUUGGACAAUUUGCUUGCCUCAGUUCUUGCAAUGUAUAAGAUGUCACUUCUGAUAUUUCCUGUGUUUUGAGGCUUCUAUUCCAAGAACAAGGUUCAUAACCUCGUCGCCCCCCACACGCUACAUAUUUUUCGUAGCAAGAGUUGCAUGAUACUUGUGAAUUUUAUUCAUCAUUUGGUUGAAAGUUCAUUAAAAGCCUUCAAAAAUCUGAAUUUGAUUACUUGUACUCCUGGAGUAUUAAAUAAAAGAUGUUAUGCUAUUUGACAUUUUAAAAA